AAAUAAACUCAACAGUUAUCUUAUUCAAAAACGGACGAGUCAACGCAAACGGUUUUAGAAUGGAAAAGGCAUGUGUUUUUGUUUUAUUAUUUUUGCUUUACGGUGCAGAAGCUAGUAAAUUGCAAAUGCCAUCAACUGCCACAAUUGGAGAUGUUGUAAAACUAGAAUGCAAUAUUUUGUUCGGUAUUGGAGUAUUUCCAACAUUGGAUUAUAUUCGAUGGUUAAAAGAUGGUCAGGAGGUUUACAGAUGUGAUCCUAAUAAACUGGCAGGAAUGGUAACAAACCAGGUGGAAGGAGUUAAUAUAGACAUUAAAGGCUCGAACUUCCACAAAAUAACACUCAACCCAGUAGAUCUAAAAACCUCAGGAAUAUGGACGUGUGAAGCAAAAAGCUCUGACGGUUAUUACGGUCUAGCUCAAAUGUCUGGAACAUUGACAAUUUUAUAUCCAAAAGUACCAUAAAAUAAUAUUUUUUUCAUUUACUUAAAAUAAAUAAGUAUAGAAAAAA